UCGGCUCUCAGCCGAAACAAUCGUACAACCCCCCAACAAGUCAUCGGACCUGUCAAUCAUCCGAUCGGCGCCUUUGAUGUCGGGACUCCUCGCCAUGUCUUGGGCUCAAAUGAGCUGUUUGCUGUAGCGGGGAAACAUUAGUCCUCUACCGAGCAAGCGGAGCCGGCGGGGACGCCACAUCUCAACUUUUUCUGCUCUGCAUGUGGAGGGGCUUUCUGCGCCCAGACUGAGGACUUUCAACACAAAAGUCCCUGCGUUAUUUUUUCUUUAUUUAUACUUUUUCCUUCCUCUCCCUUUUUAGUUAUUUUUUUCUCCUUUUUUUUUUUUUUAAACCUUUUUUCCCCCCCUUUAACAAAGUGUGAGACAUCGCCAGGGAGGGGGAAGUAGACAUGCCUCAGCUCAGCAGCGGCGGCGGGGACGACCUGGGAGCCAAUGAUGAGAUGAUAGCGUUCAAAGACGAAGGGGAACAGGAGGAGAAAAUCCAAGAAAACGCGUUCACGGAGCGAGACCUGGCCGACCUCAAGUCCUCUCUGGUGAACGAGUCGGAAAUAAAUCAAAGUCCGAGCGCAGCGGCGAUCAGGCGGGGACAGCAGGGUGAGCAGAGGAGCUACGCAGAGAAACAUCGGGAGCAUCUCGAUGGCGUGUCCAAGCAGCAGGAUGGAGGCAUGUACAAGACGCCGGCAUAUCCUGGGUACCCGUUCCUGAUGCUGCCUGACCCUUACCCCAGCUCAGUUUCUACAUCUUCCAACAAAGUUUCGGUGGUGCAGCAGUCUCACGGGAUGCACCCUCUGUCGUCUCUACUACCCUACGGCAACGACCACUUCAGCCCAAGUCCUCCACACCUGCCCACAGACAUGAGCCAGAAGACAGGCGUUCACAGGCAUCAGUCCCAGGACCUUUCAGGGUACUACUCCCUCCCUCCAGGCGGUGUUGGUCAGAUCACUCCCUCCAUGGGCUGGCAGAGAGAGCCCGUCUAUCCUGGCCUGUCCCCCUGUGGAUUCAGGCCGUCCUACUCCUCCAACCUCCCCGGCGCCUCCUCCUACCCCAGGUUCCCUCACUCUCUGAUGCUCGGCCCAUCAAGCAUGCAUCCGACAGGGAUCCCCCACCCAGCCAUAGUGCCCCCUACAGGCAAACAGGAGCACGACCAGUAUGACAGGGGCAUGUAUGUGAAGCAGCAGGUGGAGCCCAAGCGGGAGAAAGAGCCCAAGAAACCGGUCAUCAAGAAACCACUGAACGCCUUCAUGCUCUACAUGAAGGAGAUGAGGGCAAAGGUCAUCGCGGAGUGCACGUUAAAGGAGAGCGCCGCCAUCAACCAGAUUCUGGGCAGGAGGUGGCAUGCACUGACCCGGGAGGAACAGGCCAAGUACUACGAGUUGGCCAGGAAAGAGAGACAACUCCACAUGCAGCUCUACCCGACCUGGUCCGCCAGAGACAACUACGAGGCGGGCCUUAGCGGGGUCGCGGGGGAAAAGAAUAAAGCCGAUUGGGGCAAGAAGAAGAGGAGAAAAAGGGAGAAGCAGCAGGACUCCAACACAGACCCCGGUUCUCCUAAGAAAUGCCGGGCUCGCUUUGGCCUCAACCAACAAACGGACUGGUGCGGUCCUUGCAGGAGGAAAAAGAAGUGCAUUCGCUACCUUCAAGGAGGAGGCUGCCCCAGCCCAACUUCUUCAGAUUUAAGUGCUAUAGACUCUCCCCCGUCCUCCUCCCCGUCCCGCCUCCCUCUCUACCACCAGCGGCAGCGGCAGUCCUCCCCGGGCUGCUCGCCGACCACGCCCACCUCCCCGUCAACGCGCCUGCCGCUGUCUCCGCCGCCGCCGUCGCUCACACGCUCACACUCACACUCACACUCGUCCCUCCAACAGUCGGCUGCCCGACACGGCCACGUCCGGCAGCCCGCGUCCAAACACACACACCUGGAACUGUGCGGCAGACGCGGCUCGCCUGCGGCGCUGUCUGCCGCCAAGGCCGCAGGACUUUCCCUCAAAGUGCUAACAGAGACUCAGUGAUCACUCCACGGCAUUCCACGACUUGUCACAUGUUUCGUUCUCCACCCCCCCGCCCCCCCACAGUGAGCGGCAGGUCAGCUUUUCUCACUCUUAAAAAGUCUGGGUUUUAUCCAGAGUGUGUGUUUCACGGGUCAACGAGGCUGACUCUUUUCUCAAAGCCUCCUUUUAUGUGGUCACUUCUUUAAAGAAUACUUAAAACACAUAAUAAACCAGAUCAGUCAUAUUCACCAAAGUCAGCGCAGGAGGUUACUGUUACAAGCCUUUAGUUAAUCACAGUGUUACAGGUCCAGUGUGUAACAUUUUGGAGGGAAAUUAAACCCAUUAGUAUGUUUGUUUAUAAGUGUAUAAUCACUUAACAAUAAAAAUGGUUUGGUUUUCUUAAAUCUUUAGAGGUCGUAUCUUAUCUUGACUCCGCCCACGUCGAGGAGGUACUACUGUAUACUCAUGGAAAACCAACCAAACCAUGUAGAGUUGAGCCGAGGCGGGACCAUGUAGUGGAAAAGCGCCAUUAUAUGUCCUUUAGGCAAGGGUCCGGCUUUAGAGAGACCACCAUCUUGUUUCUACGGCAGCCCCGAAUGGACAAACCAGCCAGAACGACCACGUACUACACAAUUGAAGAACAACAACAUGUUCUCCGGUAUCACGUGAAGGCCACAGUAGUUCCACAACCUUUGUGACAGUCUGCAGUCUCACCAUUAGAUGUCACUCAUUCUUACACACUGGACCUUUUUAUUUAUGUUUUAAGACGCACAAACAAAUACAGAUCGGCAGAACGACACUUUUAACAGUGCGCUGUCAUGCGUUCACCAAAAUGAGAAUGAUUUCAGAUUGUUUCGUUCAGACUCUGAGGGAAUCCCACCUGCUCCAGACCACACUAUCAGAUCCACUUCUACAGGGGCAGAAAUCAUCUGGUUCCCUGGUUUCAUCUCCUGCUCUUUGAACUUUGUGAACGUUUAAAAAAAAAAAAAAAAAAACACUCACUUUUGGUUGCUUGUGCCGCUGAGCCUGUGCUUUGACCUCCAUGACAAUCAUGAAAAUGCAGUAAAUGAGCUCUUAAUCCAACCAACCAUCAACACAGGCUCGGGCCCACGGAGCGACAAACUCAUCAUUAUCUCGUCAUGUUGAAGAACAUGAAAAUAAAAUUCAUGUUAUGAAUUCAUGUUACGUCAAACCUGGUUCCUUCACCUGCAGAGACACGUCGAGUAAUUACAGCUCAUUUGGCGUCGACGUGCUGUCGCAUGUUUUCCGCCGCCCCCCUUCUUCUGAUGUGUGUAAUUAGCCGUCACAUUUUUUAUUACCCUUCAUCAUCACAGUUACUGAGACCAAACCACGGAAUCGAGAGCAACACGCAGCCUGACCAGCACAGCUUCCACUUCCAUCGCUGCCUUUUUCUUAAAAAAAAUUACUUCUAUUUCCAAAUAUUUCAGCUCCUUUGACUCCGAAUAAAAACUCAGCAGUCGGUCAAAGUGGCUCAGAAUGACACCAGCAAUCUCCAUGAUCCUUUUUUUAGGCACUUUCAUUCUCCCCCUUCUGCUCUGUUUCCUCCCAGUUUGAGGGCAACUUUGUGCAAAUCAAAAAGAAAAAGACAGACUUUUAUUAUUAUUAUUUUUGGCAUAUUAUUUGUGUAGAUAAAUAAUAAUAAUUAUUUUUUCCUUUUACACAUUUUCACAGCUCCAUAAACUAAAUCAGAGAGAGACCAAAUGGGUACUAUUAUAUUGCAUUGUGUUGUAAAGUUUUUUAAAUGUUUGGAUUCCCUAUUAUAAUUAAACUUUUAUAUGUUUUUAUGUAAAAAAAAAUAAAAGAAAAAAGGUUUAAUAACUUUAAAGAAAAAGAAAAAAACAUUUCUUAAAGCAAUACAUUUUGUUUGUCUUGUGCAGUUUUUACUUUUCGGUCAUGUUACUGCGGCAGAAUUCACAUUUUUUGUGCAUGUUCCAAAUUCAGUGUAACAAAGAAAGGCUUUUAUUUUGUGUUCCGCUCACAGCUCCUGACUCAGGACGAGCUGUUCCAUUUCCCCUCCAGCAGAGAGCGCUCUUGUGCUAGAAAUAGCUUGUUUAUUUUGACGUCAAACAUGUCUUUUUUUGUAUUUUUUAUGCCUCAAACGCCUCUGAUGUAUUACUUGUUUCUUUUUUGUUUGUUUGAUGUAAUAAAAGUGUUUUGAAUA